CCAAUAGCCAUUUACCACAGCAUGACAUCUGCACUAGAGCAUCCGACGGAUGCUAUCCUCACCAGACGAUCAUCCGACAACUUGGCUAGCGCAUACGACAGAAGCAUCCAGGCUGUUUCAGGGCCGAUAUUCGCAGUGCUCUUCAAGGGUCACCAGCCCUUUCGACCUGCCUCUUUCAGUCACAGAGUCGUGUCCUCCAGUAUCGCCUCUAUUGAACAUAUUCUAUCCCGGACAGACAAGAAGAUACAUGUGCGUACUGCCCUGUGUUUUAUUCAAGGGCUCGACAAAGGUUGGCGAGUUCACAGCAUCUCGAAGCCGUUAAGCGUCGUCGCCUGGACAAUCUCGAACGUACGCUUUGAUGGAGCACAGCUUGACUCGUGCACGCCCCCGCAAACUCCGGAAUCACCCGCACGACGCAGCCCAAACCGGUCAAUACCUUAUGCCUCCUUCCCAAACGAGCGACUGCUUUCAUCGCGGACGCACGCAGAGCAAGCGAGCGUGUAUAUAAUGCUAUUCACGCGGUCGUUUGAGCUCUCGAGUUGGACGUUCCCCACUCGUCCUGCCCUUCCCCCCUCGAGCGACACCCUCCGAUAAGCCUCACCAUGCUCCUUAAGUUCUCAUCGGGAGACUUCCACAACGCUACGGCAAUCGACUGCGAGACUGGUGCCGCACUGUUCCAUAUCUCGACGCCAGAGCCUAUGACGCGCUCGCGCUCGCCCUCGGUGGCAUCUUUCUAUUCCUUCGCAAGCUCGAGCUCUGUCUCGUCAGAGCCGUCCCCGCCCGCGCAAAAGACAACGUUCAUCACGGACAGCGAGGGGGCGGCUUUAGCGGAGGUUACGUGGAGAGAUCGAUAUUACGCGACUUCGAUACGCAUUGGAGAGAGGUCAUUCAACGGCACUGGCGAGAUAUUCGAUGCUCACUAUGUCAAAUGCCUCCCUGAUGAGACAAUCAUCCCCACUCAGCUGGAGUACAAAUGGCGGACAACACCAGAUAGCCUCACACUGUUGGAUGACGACCACAACGUCAUCGGCCGGCUGUACGAGAACUACACAUCAACAAACUGUAAACUCUUCCCCGCGUCAAAACGUGCCCCAGGACACAAUUACCUGCGCUUGAACAAGAUCCCCGACUACGAGCUACUCGAGGUACUGGUGACCUUCCUGCUCAUGACCACCCUCCGCGAGCGCAUGUACUGGAUAACGACGUAUGUUUACGGCUCGCAGGCCGGACGCCAGUCGAAGAGUCCCCUAGGCAGGCUGCGAAAACAGGCGAGUCGCAGCUUUGCCGGCUGGCGCGAAGCACUCUCCCGCAAGAGACGAGACUAGUAUUUCCCUUGUCUCCCUUGUCUCCCUUUGCCGCCUCCCCCCAUCAUUUGUCCAACAUCUGCACAGCUGUUGACUUCACCUGCACUCCUUUGUCUGUCCGCUGUAUAUGCAGACCCCAUCUUUUUUCGCGUUGACGCUACUACCCAGCAUCCCGCGCUGUCACUCCUUGUUGCAUCACUUCUACUCUAAUAGUCGCAUACCAAGCUCCG